CGAAGGCAACUCUUCGUUUUUAUUAAUACACAGUUGUGUCAUUUGCAGAAAAUUUAAGAUUUUUUACAUUUAUACUUGAUAGAAUUUAUAUAUUGUUUUACAAAAAUUGUGUAUUUAUUCUUGAAUAAAAGUGCUAACUUAAAAUUGAGAAUUGAAUUCUUAAGCUGAAAGCAGACGUAGAGUAUUAAGUUUUGGAGUGUGUCGCAGAACCAAAAAAAGAAAAAUUACAUUCAGAUUUUAAAGAAAAAUGGCAGCGAGUGACAAGUCCGUUGAUGAUUCCUUGUACCCGAUUGCCGUAUUAAUCGAUGAGUUGAAAAAUGAGGAUGUCCAGCUAAGAUUGAAUUCAAUUAAAAAGCUAUCGACAAUCGCCUUAGCACUUGGUGAAGAACGUACAAGAUCAGAAUUGAUACCAUUCCUCACUGAAACUAUUUAUGAUGAAGACGAAGUCUUGCUUGCAUUAGCUGAUCAGCUAGGGAAUUUCACCAGUCUAGUUGGUGGUCCUGAAUAUGCUAUGUAUUUAAUUCCACCACUUGAAAGUUUGGCUACAGUUGAAGAGACUGUUGUUCGAGACAAAGCUGUAGAAUCUUUGCGCACUGUAGCUGCUGAGCAUAGCGCACAAGACUUAGAAAUUCAUGUUGUUCCAACAUUGCAACGUUUGGUUUCUGGUGAUUGGUUCACUUCACGUACAUCAGCUUGUGGCUUGUUUUCAGUUUGUUAUCCACGUGUUUCGCAACCAGUUAAAUCUGAAUUACGCGCUAAUUUCCGUAAACUGUGUCAAGAUGAAACACCAAUGGUUCGCAGAGCAGCCGCAAGUAAGCUUGGUGAAUUCGCUAAAGUUGUAGAGGUCGAAUACUUAAAAUCUGAUUUAAUACCCAACUUUGUGCAAUUGGCACAGGAUGAUCAGGACUCUGUUAGACUUUUAGCUGUAGAGGCUUGCGUAAGCAUUGCACAACUAUUGCCACAGGAAGAUGUCGAGCAUUAUACACAAAUAUUACAGUUAGUUUUACCAACUUUGCGCCAGUGUGCUAGCGACUCUUCUUGGCGUGUGCGUUAUAUGGUUGCUGAGAAAUUUGUUGAUUUGCAGAAAGCAGUUGGACCAGAAAUUACACGUGUAGAUUUGGUUCCAGCUUUUCAGUAUUUGCUUAAAGAUGCCGAAGCAGAAGUUCGUGCAGCUGUUGCAACAAAAGUUAAAGAUUUUUGCGCAAAUUUGGAUAAAACAAAUCAAGUGCAAAUUAUUAUGACUUCAAUUUUACCAUAUGUACGUGACUUAGUUUCUGAUCCUAAUCCACAUGUUAAGUCUGCAUUGGCUUCAGUUAUUAUGGGCUUGAGCCCAAUGUUAGGUGCUUAUAAUACAGUAGAGCAUUUAUUACCUCUCUUUUUGAUACAAUUGAAAGAUGAAUGCCCAGAAGUGCGUUUAAAUAUUAUUUCCAAUUUGGAUUGUGUUAAUGAUGUUAUAGGAAUUCAACAAUUAUCACAGUCAUUAUUACCAGCUAUAGUCGAACUUGCUGAGGAUUCUAAGUGGCGCGUACGUUUGGCUAUUAUUGAGUAUAUGCCUGCAUUAGCCGGACAAUUGGGACAGGAAUUCUUUGAUCAAAAGUUACGUGGUUUAUGCAUGGGUUGGCUAAACGAUCAUGUUUAUGCUAUACGUGAAGCAGCUACUUUAAAUAUGAAGAAAUUGGUUGAACAAUUUGGUGCACAAUGGGCCGAACAAGCAAUUAUUCCGAUGAUAUUAGUUAUGUCACGCAACAAGAACUAUUUAUACAGAAUGACUUGUCUCUUCUGCUUAAAUAUGUUAGCUGAAGUUUGUGGCACAGAUAUCACAACCAAGUUACUUCUACCCACAGUUUUGCUUUUAGCAUCGGAUCCUGUUGCAAAUGUCCGUUUUAAUGUUGCCAAAACUCUGCAAAAGAUUUCACCCUACUUGGAAGCAAGUAUCAUCGAUACACAAGUCAAACCCACUUUGGAAAAGUUAAAUGGAGAUACUGACGUAGAUGUGAAACAUUUUGCAUCAGAAGCGAUGGCAGGAAUAGCAGCUGCGUAAUCUCUUAAAUGCCACAAAUUUCAUUUCAUUUUUUUUUUUAUAAUAUUUUUAUUUUAUUUUUAAUAAUUAAGCUGAAGUAAUGGCAAAAGGUCAUACACCACGUAUUGGACAAGAUGUACUUGGCAACAAAGAAGUAAAUAAUUUAGAUGUUAAAUAAGUUAGACGAAGUAUUUAAAGAGUGAAACAAUCAGAAACAAAAUAUUAAAUAGAAUCAAUCAAAGAAAAACUUAUUUAAAUUUGCAAUUGAUUGUAUUUAUUAAAAUGCUUAAAUGUCCUUAAAUGAAAAAGAAAUUAAAAUACAAAUGAAUUUAAAAGAAAAAAACAAAAUUAAAUUAAAAAAAGUUCACGAACACCCUCACAUACCAACAUUACAUUUACUUCUGCUAUAGAAAUAAUUAUGCAUAUUAAUAUUCAUUAUAUUGCAAAUAAAAUUACAAUUAAAAAAUUAA